AUGGCGGAGCUUUUAACAGAGAAGAUACGAAAGUUCAAAUUAUCAGAAAAGGAAGAAUCGGGGCUGCAAAUUGAAGAACAUGAUUUCGCUUUAGGUGUAAAGGAUUGUAGAUUGAGUUUAAUCGGUAAGGUCUAUGGAGAAAAGAAGGUCAAUUUCAGUGGAUUGAAAGCUACUCUUGGGAGUAUCUGGGUCACUCAGAAACAAUUUUCCAUCAGGAACAUUGGGAUAAACUUGUUCCAAUUCAUAUUUGAAUCUGAAAAAGACAAACAGAAGGUUCUCCACGGAAAGACUUGGUCGUUCGAUGGGCAGUACCUCCUUCUCAAAGAAUGGGAUCCGAAGGCAACUGAGUUUUCUAGGGAAGAGGAGAAGAUAAAAACCUGGGUUCAAGUGCAUAACCUUCCUCUUCAUUGGCUGACUGCGGAGAUGGGUCUCAAAAUUGGGAAGAUAAUUGGGAAAGUUUUGAAUGUGCAAACUCCAGGAGCGGGCAGUCCUCAUGGCAAUCUGAUCAAGAUUCAAGUGGAGCUGAAUCUAAGGGAGACUAUUCCUAGGGGUACUAAAGUGAAGCUGGGACCAGAAUCUUUAUGGGUCGAUUUCAGGUACGAAAACCUCCAAUCAUUCUGCUUUUACUGUGGCCUAAUUGGGCAUGUUGAUAAAAACUGCCCUAAUAUGAAAGAUGAUUUGAAUAGAGAUGUGAUUAAUGUUGGUCAAUAUGGGGAUUGGUUGAGAGCCACUCACAUUUCUUUGAAUGAUGUUAAAACAGUUAAAUCCUCUGAAUCUAGAGAUAAUAGUAUGGACCAAUCUACUAAAGUGUCUAGUCAGGAAGAAGAUGGGGGUAAAAGGGUAGUGGAAUGA